CUUAUAUUCUAGGAAGACAUUAAUUAUCCUCUCAAUUCAAUGCCAUUCUACCUCUAUGAGUUUAUACAAUAUUUCGUAGAGCCUCUCCUAAAGAUUUGGCCAUUUUCAAAGUUGAGAAAGAAAGCCCUUAAGAUGGCAAUGGACCACAUUCAUUAUGAGGAUGAAUGCUCCAAUUACAUGUGCAUUGGAAUUACCAUAAAGGUCAAUGAGCUCAUGGCAAUACAGGGCAGCAGAGAUUCCAGCUGCUGUAUAGAGUUGCAUGUCUAAAAUCUAAUUAACUAGUGCCCAGAAACAAGAGUAAACAAGGUGUCCAUCAUCUACCAGUGACUGCAUGCAUUGUUGCAUGUUGGGAUGAGGAUCCAAAUUCAGAGGCAUUUAGAAGGCACCUUGCUCGACUUCCAGACUACUUUUGGGUAGCCGAAGAUGGCAUGAAAGUGCAGAGCUUUGGAAGCCAGAUGUGGGAUUUGUCAUUUAGUGUCCGAGCAAUACUUUCAAGCAAUCUUAAUCAAGAGUACUGGCCAACACUUAAAAGGGCACACGAGUUCUUAAAAGCUUCUCAAGUAAUCUCCAAUCCCCCUGGAGAAUUUCAAGAAAAGUACUAUCGACAUGAGAGCAAGGGAUGUUGGACGUUCUCAACGCAAGAUCAUGGCUGGCAGGUCUCAGAUUGCACAGCAGAAGCCCUUUUGGUUGCACUUAAGUUUUCUCAACUGCCAACCCAUGUCGUUGGUGAGGAAAUUGACACCCAACGCUUAUAUGACGCUGUAAAUGUUGUUUUGUCUCUUCAGAGUGAUAAUGGCGGAUUUUUUGCAUGGGAGCCCAGACGAACAUAUGAGUGGGUAGAGAAGCUCAAUCCUUUGGAGUUCUUUGAAGACGUUCUAAUCGAGAGGGAGUAUGUGGAAUGCACUUCUUCAGCAAUUCAAAGUCUUUCAUAUUUCCAAAAGUUACAUCCCCAACACAGAAAAUCUGAAAUCAAAAGUAGCAUCCAAAGAGGCAUACGAUAUGUGGAGAAGAUGCAAAACCUCGAUGGGUCAUGGACGGGUAAUUGGGGGAAUUGUUUUACGUACGCGACAUGGUUUGCUGUGGAAGCAUUGGCAACAUGUGGGAAAAAUUGCAACAAUAGUGUUGUUGUGCGUAAAGCUUGUCAAUUUUUGCUCACAAAGCAGCUCCCUGAUGGGGGAUGGGGAGAGAGUUAUCUAUCUAGUUCAAAAAAGGUAUACACAAACCUUGAAGGAAAGAGAUCACAUUUAGUUCACACUUCCUGGGCUUUGUUAGCUCUUAUUGCAGCUGAUCAUAAGGAUGUUGAUCCAACACCGAUUCAUCAAGGCAUCAAAUUUAUAAUAAAUUCACAAAUGGAAGAUGGAGACUACCCCCAAGAGAUAGUGACAAAGGGCUAUAAUCAUGAGUACGAGCUUGACUAUUUGGAGACAUUUUGUCUUAUUGGGAAAUAGCAGGCUAUAUGGUUGGUUUUUUUUGUUACUCUUUAGGAAUUGGCACAUUCCCAUAUGUAUGCACUGCCUAGCUUCUUACAUGGAGACUUACCGAAGAUAUUUACAUGGAGUAGCCACUAUGAAAUAUUGAUCAAUAGUUUCCAUAUAAGAUUGUCAAAUUUAAGAAAUCCUUAAAUGACUU